GUGGUGAAAAAGUCUCCACACCAACCUGGGGAUUGUCCACGUUUACAGCAUUCAGACACCGCUGCCCUGCUCCACAUCUGCAGCUCUCGGCCCAUUUCUCUGCGUAAAAGCGCGCACCCGGCUGUAGGCCUCAAGUUUACGCGUCUUGUGGUUUUAUCAUCCUUCCUAAGUUAUUUGUCGUGAUACUGCAAACAUGUUUUACUGCUGCUUUGCCCUGUUCCUCCUCACUACGUGGUCAUCUGUGGAGUGCAACCCCAGUCCCGUCCUCGGAGAUGUAGUCGUGGACAGAUACUUCAUCCCCGAAGUCUGUGUGAGGGAAUCCAAAAGCGGAGACAUGGUCCGGUACCACUACAACGCCACGUUUGUCGACGGGAAAACGUUCGAUUCGAGCCAUCAGAGAGGAGAAGCCAAGGUGGGCCUGCUCGGGGAGGGUCGGCUCAUCGCUGGCAUCGAUAAGGGCCUGCAGGGCAUGUGUGUGAACGAGCGCAGAAGAGUCACAGUCCCGCCUCACCUGGCCUAUGGAAGCACCGGUGCAGGUGACGUCAUUCCUCCAGACACCACCCUGGUGUUUGACAUCCAGCUGUUGGAUCUGUGGAACAAAGCCGACCUGGUUGUCACCAAAACCAUCAGCACUCCCAAAGACUGCAAACGCUCUGUGAUGCGCACCGACUUUGUGCGCUACCACUUCAACGGCACGCUGCUCGACGGCACCGUCUUCGACUCCAGCUACAUAAAGAAGCAGACCCAUGACUCGUUAGUGGGCGAGGGUUGGCUGAUCAAGGGCAUGGAUGAGGGCCUGCUGGGCAUGUGUGUGGGUGAGAGCCGACACAUUGUCAUCCCACCCUUCAAAGCCUACGGAGAAAAAGGAUCAGGGAAAGAGAUUCCCUCCCAGGCGACGCUGGUGUUUGAUGUCCUGUUGGUGGACAUUCACAACCCAAAAGACAACGUCACCAUCGACGAUCAGGUGGUUCCCGAGUCGUGCACUCGCAGGACUAUUGUCGGGGAUUACGUCCGGUAUCACUACAACGGUUCCUUCCUGAACGGAGUCACCUUUGACAGCAGCUACCAGAGGAACUCCACGUACAACACCUACAUCGGGAUGGGGUAUGUGAUUCCAGGCAUGGAUCAGGCCCUGCUGGGGGUCUGCAUCGGGGAGAGGAGGAGGGUCAUCAUCCCUCCACACCUGGCGUAUGGAGAGCAAGGAGCAGGUGACGUCAUCCCCCCCUCCGCUGUGCUGGUGUUCGACAUCCACGUCAUCGACUUCCACAACCCCAACGACACCGUGGACAUCAAGAUCCUCCACAAACCUGAGCUCUGCAACGACACCACCGAGGUGAACGACCUCGUCCACUACCACUACAACUGCACGCUGAUGGACGGCACGCCACUCUUCUCCUCACACGACUAUGACAACCUUCAGGACGCAGUGAUCGGGGCGGACAAGGUGAUCGAUGGGCUGGAUGUGGGCCUGCGAGGCAUGUGCGUGGGGGAGAGGAGGUUGGUGACGGUGCCGCCUCACCUCGGACACGGAGAGAAAGGAGCCACUGGUGUGCCGAGCAGCGCCGUGCUGGUCUUUGACAUCGAGCUGAUGAGCUUCGAGAAGGGAGUGCCACCUGGUUACCUGUUCGUGUGGCUCCAGGACAGUCCUGCAGACCUGUUCGAAGCUCUGGACAUCGACAAGAACCAAGAGGUGCCACAGGAGGAGUUCGGGGAGUUCAUCAAGCUGCAGGUGGCAGAAGGCAAAGGCAGAAUAAAGCCCGGCCUGACCAUGGAGCAGGUCAUCACUGACAUGUUCAACAACCAGGACCGAAAUAAAGACGGACUGAUCAAGGCAGAGGAGCUCAAACUGAAGGUACAAGAGGAUAAAGAAAGAGAAGAGGCCCACGAUGAGCUGUGAUGAGGACUGACGCGCUGACUCUUUCUCAGGGAUGAACCCCAACACCUUAAAAAAAAAAACAAGCAACGAGAGACUUUUCAAUCGUGGUUUAUUACUUUCUGUUACACGUCGGACAGUCUUUUUAAAUGACAAGAAAAUAGUGCAAAGGGCCUUUUUUUGUGGAGUGUUGUGUUGUUGUAUGUUUGUUUUGAUUUUGAUUUUUGUAUUUCAGAAAACCAAACAAGCACCUUUUUUUAUUUGUCCCUGAAAGUCACAUUGAUUAAAAUGUUUGUAAGAAACAGACAAUUGUUUAAUUUUUAUCCCAGGACUUUUAUCCCGGCUAAAGAAAUCAUCUGACAUGGAAGCAUCUGUAUUUACAACGAAUGAAGCGUUGCACCAGGACAACUGUUGAGGGCAGCAGACACCAUCUUUAAAAAUAUGUGUCUUUAAAGUUGCACUUCUUGUUGCAAGAUGCAGAACUGCAACAUUUCUCAGUGUCAAACUUGCACAAAUUUAACAUCAAAGUGUUUAUAGGUCUCUUCUCCAAAUGAACUGUUGGAGGGCAAGUUGCAUUGUGGGUAUUGUAGGAAGAAGAAUGCAUUGAUCUCAGUUCCCAGCUCUAUAUACAAAAGAGCAUGUUCACUGCUGGGACAAACAAACAAAAAUACAAUUUGCCAAAUGAUUAUUAUUACAAGGAGACCCAAAUAAUUAAGUAAGAGAUGGUUUUUGAGAAACUUUAUAAACUUUUUGAAACACUAACAAAAUUUUGUUUUUUUUAAAGGGAGUCUUUAAAGGGAAAUUAUAGGCUACUUCUUUAUCACCCAUGGAGAAAGGCCCCAGAUUCCCUUAAAAAAAUCUUUUGAUUUUCUAAGUUGUUGAGUCAGGAGAAAUUUUGUAAACUUUAUGAAAAGCCAUCUAACACAAAUUAUUUUUCAUUUGUAACUUCUUGUUAAUUCAGCAAAUGUUAUAGAUCAAUAGAUUUUUUUUUUUGUUUAAAAAAAAAGGUUGUGUCCCAGUGAUGUACGUGCUUAUUUGCAUGGGAAUUAAGAUCUGCUCACAAGUGAGUCACUAGAGAGGCCUUCUAACACCAGGACACAUGUUAAUCCCAGGUAUAAACAGGCUCAGGGUGUCAUUUAGGGUUAAAUGAGUAACACAGUAAAAGUGUUUAAGUCAUUUUAAAAAACACAUAUUUAACGUGUUGUGCACCUGCAUAUGUACUAAUGUUAAGAAACUAUUGAAUACUGCUAUCAACUUAUUAGAAGUAUUAUAGCAGGUAUUAUUAAUAUUGAUGCAUCUAUAAAGAAAAUAAUUCAAAAGCUACAACAUGACUUGCGGCCACCUUUCUAACCUGACUAUAAUUAGACUGCACUGCAAAACAUUAGUAGCAAACAGAGACGAUGCAAAAAUGUUGGUUAAAGGGAUAGUUCAUAGUUUUUAGACUCCCACGAGUCAACAAAAACAAGCACCUUCACUGCCCUGUAACAUUUUCUCGUCUAUGACUAACAAAACUCAAUUUAUUUCUUACUAACUCAUUAACUAGUAGAAUAGCUUUAAGACUGAUAGACUAGCACCCUGCUUUAAGGAGCAUCUUGAAGUGGGGUUUUAUGAGGUAUUCAUCCAUAGUUGAUGUAUUCACAGUUUGGAGAAACAGCAGAAUAUAGAAAAUUACCAGACUCCUUUCACAAAAACACUCAUUUUACUUUGUGGCACAAGGCAGUCGCUGGUUAACUGCUGCCACUAUCUGACACUUGGUUUUUGUUAUUAUGUGACUUUGGUGAAUCUGAAAUUAUGCUUUAAAACACAGAAGUCACGCAAUGACACGAAUGAACUAUCCAAUCAAGGCCGCGGUAGACCGCCAACUCCUGCGUUCUGCGAGGCAAAAUGACUGUUAAGGGAGUCUGGUACCUUUGGAAAGCAAAAUAAAAGGUUCAUUUUUCUACUGAUAAAUGUAAAUGUGAAGCAGCGAAAACAUUAUAAAUAUAACCGUACAUUUCAACUUACAUUGAUUUUGUGUGGGCCUUUUUUAGGUGUACAGAUUAACUUUAGCCACAGCAGUACAUUGCUUAACUUCUAAACUGGGGGAGUGACGGCAGCGUCAUCCACAGUAGGUAUUCAUAUUAUGGAUUAUUAGUAUUAAGUAUCUCAUACAACCCAACUUGAAAUAACAGAACUAUUCCUUUAAACACAGCCCAUCCCGUACUGUAAAGUAAAAUUUAGCACAUAAAAAGGUCUUAUCUUAAAAUGAAGAGGAAAAAAAGAAAUACUAAAAAUGACUCUUUAAUUGUUUUGACUAGACAUUUGCUGAGAUGGUGCAUUGGUCUUCCUGAAUAGAACAGAGUUUCUACUGUGACGUUUGCUGCAUAAACCUGGGAUUCUUCUAAACUAAGUUUCAAAUGUACGUGAUGUGGCCCUGUACGUGUAAUGUGUUUCAAAUAAACUGAAAAGGUCAAAAAUA